AUGCAUUCCUCCAGUGCCAAGCAACGCGCUUGUCCGAUCCGACACAGUCCUAAAUUCUAUUGCUGCGAGUACUCGGGGACUACCACAGUGGUCUACACCAAGUACAAUCGACCGGUUGGCGGAGACUACGAGUCGUUCUACAUCGAUGGCUGGAACAAACAGCGCCAAGUGAACUACCCGUACGUCAUCACUCUCAUGUUGCGUGACGACUCUGUGGAUUCGGAUCUUAAGGAUGCUUGUAUAUCAACGUCCACGACCACGACCCCGCAUUUCACCUCGUACACAGAGACUCCGCUAGUCAUCAUCUACUUUCUUCCGUGA